ACCAUCUACUUUCCGCCAUCUUUGAUUGUGAGGGGAAGUCUAACACUCGCUUUUAAAAUGGUAAAAUUGCACAUUAAACAGGGAGAUGAGAGUUUAUUCCUCUUUGAAACAACUUGCCAAGCAGAACUUUCUGAGCUGAUACCUCAACUUGUUCAGAUCCAGAAUGGUAGACUAAAAAUUGAACGUUUGUUCUACGAGAUGGAGGAGCUUGCAAAACAUGGGAUAACUCUUCCACCCAACAUGCAAGGACUUACAGAUGAACAGCUGUCUGAUCUCAAUCUUCAUGAGGAUUGGGAGGAUGAGUGUGUUCCCAGUGGAGGAGUCAUUAAAAAUAAGGACCCAAUUGGUAGACGGAAUGGGAAAGCACCUAGUGAGAAAAUGGCAGAGGUCAUCAACAGAACAAGAAAAGAAGCAAAGGCUAAAGUGUCCAAGGAACAAGUGGCAGCAAAUAUCCCUCUCACCAAUGAGAUUAUCAAAGAUUCUUUAGAUCAAAUGAGAGGAGCUGUAAUGAUUGUGUAUCCCAUGGGAUUACCUCCCCAUGAUCCCAUCAGACAUGAACUGGAAAACAAAGAGGAUUUAUCUGGAACACAGGCUUCCCUUCAAGUGUUGAAUGAAACCACCACCCAAUUGUGGUGGGCUGGGAAAGAGCUUCAAAGAGGGAAAAAGCUGCAAGACUUUAUUGGGAAAAAUGAGAAAACAAAACUGAUUAUCAAAAUUCAGAAGAAGGGACAAGGGCCACCCAGCAGAGAGCCGGUUUUCAGUGAAGAGCAACGGAAACAAAUGAUGGCUUAUGCCUAUAGAAAACAAGAAGACCUUAAGAAACUGGAAACAGACGAAGACGACAGUUACCUUAACUCAGACUGGGCGGAUCCCCAAGCACUUAAAAGACAAUUCCACGGUGUUGGGAACGUUAAAUGGAGACCUUAAGAGGAACGGCGACAUUUAAUUACUUCAGAUAUAGGACAAGUACUUUCGUAAAUUACAGCCGCAACAGACCCAUUGUCGUCGCGAUUUAAAGCUGCAGUCCUUAAAUCUUAAAUGACGGGUAGAGGAGGGAAAUUACUGACGUUCUAACGGUCGAUCUUCUCAAGACUUUUCGUUUUCGAUUUCCAGCUGAAUGAGAGCAGGAUUGAACAAGAGUCUUCUAAUAGCAAUUCAUUUCAUUGCUACAAUAGCGCUGAACAGUGGUGUAACAUCAAGAAAAUCUGGCUGAAAUGAUUAUUAGAAGGAAUAAGAGAGCAUGAAAAAGUAUAAACUCAGUGGUAGUCAGAGUUAGAACUCUUGGAAGCUCUUUCCUUGUUUGGCAUAAGUUUUCGUGCGGUGGCAACUGUCUUGUUUUUCCUCGAUCCCCCCCCCCUCCCCCUUAAAUGAUGAUAAAGAAAAACCAAGAAAUACUGUGCUUACGUCUGAAACUUUCGCUUCUCUUACCUCAGUUGAUACCUAAAAGAAAUGGGUCAUAAAAGUCCAGGAAAUUUUAACAAAGAGCACAAGUUAGUGACUACAAAAUAAUGCGUUGGCUCCUUGUAUUUCGUUUGUACUGGAAACUGUACGCGACGUAAAACUGACGCCAAAACGCCAGAAAGAAGAAAAAUAAACAGCGAAAAAGUUAUGCAAACGUUGUGUAUCUUACAUAUAACUCAAUAAAUAAGCUCUUGAUUAGAGAAUAA